CAUGUGCGCCCCAUUGUGAUUCUUAUAAAAUCCUCUCUCUCUCGUACGCUUCUCAACACUCACUCUCUUUCAAACAUAGAAGAUUCUCUUUUUCAAAUAGCAACCUUUUUUCAUAAACCCUUGUUACCCUUUUCUCUCUUCGAUCUCGUAAUCGUGUUGCUGUUCAUGGGAUUUCUCUGAUUCAAUAACAUCAGAUUCAUCUUUCGUUUCCCUCUCUGCUGUUUUACCAUGGAGUUGAUUUCAGGUCUACCAGAGGACGUUGCCCGAGACUGUUUAAUUAGGGUUCCGUACGAGAAAUUCGCGGCGGUGGCAUCCGUCUGCAAAGGUUGGAACUCUGAGAUUUACUCGCCGGAGUUUCACCGUCGGAGGAGAACCACAAAACACGCACAAAAAAUCCUUGUCACGGUUCAAUCCAAGAUAGACUCCGAAAAAACCCGAACCGGCAUGCUUGCGAAGGCCUCUGCGAAUCCGGUUUACCGGCUGAGCGUGUUCGAACCGGAGGCGGGUCUAUGGAGCGAGUUGCCCCUGGGACCCGAACUCGCUUCCGGGUUACCCAUGUUCUGUCAGAUUGCGGGUGUCGGGUACGAGCUUGUCGUUUUGGGCGGGUGGGACCCAGAUUCUUGGAAAGCGUCGAAUUCGGUUUUUAUUUACAACUUUCUCUCGGCCAAGUGGCGGCGUGGGGCCGAUAUGCCGGGCGGGCCCCGAACGUUUUUCGCGUGCGCGUCGGAUCAAAAUCAGACGGUGUACGUAGCGGGCGGGCACGACGAGGAGAAGAACGCGCUGAAGUCCGCGCUUGCGUAUGACGUAGCGAACGACGUGUGGGUCCCGCUCCCGGAUAUGUCACGCGAGCGCGACGAGUGCAAGGCCGUGUUCCGCCGUGGCGGGCUCUGCGUGGUGGGUGGAUACUGCACGGAGAUGCAGGGGCGGUUCGAGAAGAGCGCGGAGGUUUUCGACGUGGCCACUUGGAAGUGGGGCCCGGUGGAGGAGGAGUUCUUGGAUGCGGCCGCGUGUCCUCGAACAUGCGUGGACGGUGGCGAUGGUGCCGAAGGGGAAAUGUACAUGUGCCGCGGCGGUGAAGUGGUGGUGUUGCGGGGAGACACAUGGCGGAGGGUUGCGAAGGUACCCAGUGAGAUUCGGAACGUUGCGUGCGUGGGGGUGUGGGAAGAGACCAUGUUUGUUAUUGGGUCAAGUGGGUUCGGGGAACCGCAUAUGGGCUUUGUUUUGGAUCUGAAGAAUGGGGCUUGGGCCAAAGUGGUGAGCCCGGAGGAGUACACUGGGCACUUGCAAUCCAGUUGUAUUUUGGAAAUCUAUUUGGAUNCCAAGUGGCGGCGUGGGGCCGAUAUGCCGGGCGGGCCCCGAACGUUUUUCGCGUGCGCGUCGGAUCAAAAUCAGACGGUGUACGUAGCGGGCGGGCACGACGAGGAGAAGAACGCGCUGAAGUCCGCGCUUGCGUAUGACGUAGCGAACGACGUGUGGGUCCCGCUCCCGGAUAUGUCACGCGAGCGCGACGAGUGCAAGGCCGUGUUCCGCCGUGGCGGGCUCUGCGUGGUGGGUGGAUACUGCACGGAGAUGCAGGGGCGGUUCGAGAAGAGCGCGGAGGUUUUCGACGUGGCCACUUGGAAGUGGGGCCCGGUGGAGGAGGAGUUCUUGGAUGCGGCCGCGUGUCCUCGAACAUGCGUGGACGGUGGCGAUGGUGCCGAAGGGGAAAUGUACAUGUGCCGCGGCGGUGAAGUGGUGGUGUUGCGGGGAGACACAUGGCGGAGGGUUGCGAAGGUACCCAGUGAGAUUCGGAACGUUGCGUGCGUGGGGGUGUGGGAAGAGACCAUGUUUGUUAUUGGGUCAAGUGGGUUCGGGGAACCGCAUAUGGGCUUUGUUUUGGAUCUGAAGAAUGGGGCUUGGGCCAAAGUGGUGAGCCCGGAGGAGUACACUGGGCACUUGCAAUCCAGUUGUAUUUUGGAAAUCUAGUAGCUGAGUUUUUGUUUGGGCCGAGUUCAUGUAAAUACAUUAUAUGAAGCAACAUUUUUGUUUUCUUUA